AUGUUCAGUGCAUUCUGGAAAAUGCGAUUUUCGGAAAACACGGAGAGCUUCGAUAACAAUUCGCCACAGGUUCUAACCCACAAUCUGCAAGAUCAGGAGACUGUGUUCUUCAGAAGUCCAGUCAUUGACCCAUCCCGUAUGGGGGACCCUGCGAGUGUCGCCGGGAUACCCCACGGUAUAUUUCGAUGGGCCGAUGAGGUGCGCAAAUCGUCGCAACACGGUAUGGUCAAGGUUCUCCGUGAUAUUAAAUUUCGUAUAACCACCCUAUAUGAUGAGAACCCCAAUAGUGCUCGUUGGGCCCCAAUAGUGUCAUUGGGCAAAACUUCCCGCGACGAUUUUAUCUACCGUUGGCCUGCCCCCAAUGUGUUUGCUGACCAUGUUGUCGGUGGUUUGGAUUCCAUAAUCUCGAAGAGCCUCGCCGAACUGGACGAUACAACUGCCUACGGAAUAGCUAUUUUUUCAGGCGAAAAAUACUGUAAAAUCUGUGCUGCUCAAGACCAGUCCGGGAGUCUGCGGACAGCUUUGAAACGUAUCCGACUAUGGAGACACGCCAUCAUGGAUAAACCGACUUCAAGUUUACUAAAGCUACUGAUUUUGAAGGGCCAAAUUAUUUUCCGAUAUGUGCGACGCCACUACGUGCUUGGUCAAAAGGGCGGAAGCGUCCAAAACAUCUUCCACAUGGUCACCAAGAUUUGCGCUCAUUGCUUUCGAGUUCCAACUACAUUUGAACUCUGCCGCACAAUUCCUGGAAAUGUCAAACAUUCUAAAGUUACAAAUGCACCCUUCUUAGAAUCAGCGAUGUUCCUCACACACGUGGUGGAACUGGAAUACUCAGAUGUUUUCAGUUGGCGUUUUCUAACAAACAACUCCGCCGAGAAGGACUUUGCUCCUGUAAACGGUACAAAAUUGAUUGCCUAUAGUCUAACCGGAGUGAUGCUGAUAUCUCCAGUCGUCAUCACUCUAAUUAGGGCUGUUUUGUUUAUUCAGCUGCGUGAUCUCAAGCCGUUCUUCCAACCUGUUCGUUCCGUUCAUUUUGGUAAGCGAGAACAGCCUUUCGAUCCGCUGUGUUAUGGAGCACGCGACCAAGCUAGCGUAAUCUAUGAGGUUGUCUCAAUUGGUUCAAUUAACGUUGGCGAGUCAAACCAGACAAUGUCAGACGAACCACGUAAAGACGACUAUCAAUGGAUAUCCAGUCAAGCAAGGACACUUCCAACAACCACUACACAUCACGCUGCAGCGGCAUAUGCAUCCCCGGUGUUGCGUAGCCGGAAGCGGGUGCAGAAUAAAAAGGAGGUCACCUCAAUCGCCGUGCCUGCAACUCGACUUCUUGUUCUCAAGACACAGCACACAGCAGCGUCAAGCGAGUCCAGUGUGAGAGCAAGGGCUGCUUGUUGCCCUGGUUGCUUCAGUGUGAGAACACUGAAGGAGGCGAGAAAGGCAUGGAUUGAGGCCCUCAGAUUCAUUUGA